AUGGUCAAAGACGACGCGUCCAUUAUCAACAAUGAUCCCACUUGCUAUAUUAUUUCUAAGCAAGUUACUCCAUUCCCCGGGAUAAUCCUCUGUCCUCGAUAUGGAUUCAGACUGGACCAGGCGGAAGUCGGAUGCAGACCAAUAUGGCGAGUCGCUUCGCAUGAACUCCCACCAGGACGUCGCAAUCCUGACUGGCAACAACAAGGACGAUCCGGUGCGAGCAACUCCCACGACUGCACCGUAACCGAGUACCACACCGACUUCACCAACAUGUUCGGUUAUCUUUCGUCUCAGUUCUUCGAACUGUAUCCUGCCACCAACGCAAGUCAGGCCGACGCCGUGGUCAACGAAUACUAUCGCGAUCUCAGCCGUACAGGAACCUGGGACUGGGCCUAG